GUCGGUCAUUCAAAGGAGAAACACACAACAACACGUACUCAUUUCAAUUGGCAAACGAAAAAAAUACCCAAAAUUGGCAUUGGCUAUGGAUAUGGAUCCAGGCGAAGGUACUUCGGAUGGUCGUGUGAAACGUAAACCAAACAGUUCUGAAGUGGAAAUCAAACAAGAGCCAGACAUCAAGGAGGAACCAUCGGAAGGCAAUGAAUUUGGUUUGGUAGCACGAUCGAAUGAAAGAUUGGAAGCAGAUGCAGAGACUGCGACAUCGCACAUCGAAUCAGUGGACGAGUCUGAAUCGGAUUCUGAUCGCCACUUUCAUUUGGAUGGUGUGAAAGAGGAGGUGAAGUGUGAAGAAGAGAAGCCAGAAAAAGGGAAAGGCUUUUCAGCGCAUUCAGGAUCGUAUGGAAAUGAGCCAAAUGCUCAUGGUGAUCAAGGUGGUGAACCAAACUUCACUUGCAAGGGACUAAAUUCGGGCGCAAAGGGAAAGAGACAGGAUGGAUCGAGAAAGCAAAACAAACGGAAUAUUCCGAGGAAUGAGGCGCCAAAGAAACGAACGGAGCACCAGUGUCACGUGUGUGGUUAUGUUGCAUCGCAGAAAGGGAAUCUCACCAGACACAUUCGCAUUCACACAGGCGACAAGCCUCACAAAUGCGAAGAUUGUUCGAAAAGUUUUGCAUGCAAAAGCAACAUGAUUCAACACAAGAAAACCCACAGCGGAGAAAAGCAAUUCGAAUGCCCCGUUUGUUCCAAAUCAUUUGCACGGAAAUACAAUUUGAAUGUUCACUUGCGAACUCACUCUGAUGAUCUUCCCCUUUCUUGUCUGAAAUGUGGGCAACGAUUCGCUCAAGAAGAGGCCAAACAAUCGCAUGAAAAGCGCUGCGAUCAACGUCGAUUCGAAUGUUAUCUCUGCGAAUUCAAAAAUUUCCACAAAGUCAAUCUGAAGAGCCACAUGCACGCAAAACACACCGGCGAACAUCAAUUUCAAUGUAAAAUAUGCGGGAAGAAAUUCAUCCAAAAGGGCCAUCUCAAUCAACAUUUAGCCACCCAUCGCGAUCAAUUCCCAUUCAGAUGUUUCAAGUGUCGCCGGGGAUUCACAAUGGAAGAGGAUAAAACAGCUCAUGAAAAGAUCUGCGGCCAUCGUCAGCAUCAGUGUUACAUUUGCAAAGUUUUCAAGAUACAUACAACCAAUCUACGAAAUCACAUGCGAGCGCAUCACACGCGCAAAUAGCCGUUCCAUUGCAAAUCGUGCAAGGCGCGUUUUGUACAGAAAAUCAACGCCAUUAUUCAUAUGAAAAGGCGUCAUCGUUCAACGAAAUAAGGAGGCAUUACAGUAUUCUACGGUCCAGUAGUAUCAUUUGAAUCAAAACUAUUCCAUGAAGACGACAACAAACACCGAACUUCUAGCUUCAUUUCGGUAUAAAUUCCAACAUUGAUCAAAAUAUCCAGAAGUACAACGAUUUUAAUCGAAAAUAAAUUAAUUUCAUCGUUUGUAGGAAGAAAAACAUGAGAUUGAAUAAAAUUUCGAAUUUAAAAUAAUCGACACCCUGCUAUCUUCAUGUCAGUGAGGAAUUACCUUCAGAGCAACGGGCAAAUAAAAUGAAACUCUCCAAAUAUUCCAA